AAUCUCCUUGGCCAAGGGGAUAUCUUCUUGGCCAAGUAGAACUCUUUACUGGUGGGGUAGAACAUGUGCUCGGGUGCCGUACCCGUAUCCUACCGGUCAGUAUAUUGCCACACCCGAGUAAGCUUCGAGUUUGCUCCACAAGACACUUACCCCACCAACCUUGCUAUAUGUACCUCUGACUUCAUCUCUCCUUCCACCCCGUCCCAUCAACAAAUCCACUUUCAGUUCCUUGCUCCAUCCUCUCUACCUCUCAUCCAAACACCGACCACCAUUGCCAUCGGAAUUCCCAAUCAGUGCUUCGACUCAAAGUUAUGCCUCGCCGUAUAGCUACUCACGCCAACUCCUGGUACGUCGCUGACAAGCGUAAGCUCGAUAAUCAGCUAAAUGCGUGGAUCAAGAUAGCGGGCUCGGAGGAUUGCGGAAUCCCAGAGUUUCCUGUUUCAAAUGCGAGGAUCAUUAUGGCACCACAUGCUGGUUAUAGUUAUUCCGGUGCUACUGCUGGAUUCGCCUACAAGGCAUGGGAUCUUUCCCAAGCGACUCGAAUCUUCAUCUUGGGACCUGCUCACCAUGUUUACAUCAAUGGCUGCAGUAUCUCUGGCUGCGACUCCUAUGAUACGCCUCUCGGAGAGCUCACUCUAGACUCCGAGCUUCUUCGAGAGCUAGCAAGCACGGGAAAGUUCACUUGGCUCUCCUUGAAAGUGGAUGAAGAUGAACAUAGCAUCGAAAUGCAUCUUCCAUAUAUCUAUAAAGCUAUCGAGCGUGCUGGGAAAUCACACAAAGACGUCAAAAUUGUCCCGAUCGUCGUCGGAAGCAUCUCGACCGCUCAAGAGAAAGCUUACGGGACGCUUCUGAAGCCCUACCUUGAGGAUCCACAGAAUGCUUUUGUCAUUUCUACAGACUUUUGCCACUGGGGUGCACGUUUUUCGUACACGGGGUACUUCCGUGAACUGCCCACUCAUGACAACCCCAAUCCUGAGUUCAUCCACCUCAAGGAGCAUGGCGUCCAGGCCAUCAGGCACCCCCUUCAUAAGUCCAUUAGGGCUUUAGACCACGAAGGUAUGGUAGCGAUUGCCACUGGAAAGCAUAGCGAAUUUUCCUCCUAUCUAUCGAAAACCAAAAACACUAUUUGUGGAAGGCAUCCCAUUGGGGUGAUAAUGGCUGCGGCGGAGCUCAUGUUUGGUGAAAACAAGGGAAGCAACUUGGGGAAGUUUAGGUAUCUCUAUUACGCUCAGAGUGAGGCACUCGAGGACGUUAAUGGGAGCAGUGUAAGCUAUGUGAGCGGUUUUAUGGAGAUGCCAUAGCUAUAUCUCUUGUCUGUUAUAACUCGACUUGUAAAUUUCGCUUUAUAGGAGUGGAGUUGAGAUACAGUUCAAUGGAUGGGCUUUUUGCCAGCAAUGGAUAUCCUG